CCUCACUUCCCUCUCCUUCCCUCCCCCCGACAUCAACCCAUCAAUCAUGUCGUCCUCCAACCGCAAGAACAAUGUGGCCGAGACGGUCAAGAGGACGGCGCGCGAAGAGCUCAACAAUGCCACCGAAAUUGCGAGAUCUGGUGUGAUGAGCGGCACCUACCUCUACCCGAUCAAGGGCAUCUUCUACCUCCUCUCCAACCGCAGCCUCUGGAAGCCGCUACUCUCAAAAUUGGUUCCUACCGCAGGACUGGGGCUCGGCAUCACGACCUUCAUGUUCUUCUUCACCUACCUCCCGCAACUUGCCAUCCUGUUCUUCACGUCUGGACCUCUCGCAACGCUCACGACCAUCCUCCUGGUCCUCUCCGAGAGCUCCACCCUUACCAUGGUCCUCUCCAAGGCUCUUCUCAUCGAAGAUUCCCUCAUCGACACCUUUGACGGCACUCUGGUCGCUCGCGGUCACACUGGCCUCGUUGAGAAAGAGCGUCAGGUCAAGUCAUCCGGAUUCGGCGACUCCAUUCAGCGUCUUGGCAAGCUCGCAAGCAAACCAUUCCAGAAAUUCACACCAUCCGCCAUUGUCCGUUACGUCAUGUACCUGCCGCUCAACUUCAUCCCUGUCGUCGGUACAGUCAUGUUCGUUGGUCUCCAAGGACGUCGGUACGGACCUAGCGCACAUGAUCGCUACUUCCAGCUCAAGGGAAUGAACACCGCUCAGAAGGAGGAGUUUGUGGAGAAGCGCACUGGCCCGUACACGCUGUUCGGCAUUCCCGCCGUGCUGUUGGAGACCAUUCCUGUUGCGGGUAUCUUCUUUGCCUUUACGAAUGCCUGUGGCGCAGCACUGUGGGCCGCAGAUCUUGAGUCCAACGGUGGAACCGCUCCAGGACUCACCCAGCAAGCUAAGAAGGCCAAAUGA